AAGUUAGGCUAGCAUGGAGUUUCACCCGUGAAUGUUUCAACGAAUAAAUUUAAAUGUGUUGCUUAGUCUAGCCUACUAUCACCUCUUUGCCGAACAUAAAAAGUGACAUUCCAGUUGUAGGACUCUGUGGGAGUAGCCUGACUAAACUAGGUUAUCCAGCGCAGCGCUUGCAACAGACGGGAGGCGGGAACAACUGUGUCACUUUUCCUCACGCAAAACUUCCGGCUCUCUGCCCCACCGGAUGACUGACUGACCGUCCACAGUCGCCGUCAUGUCAAACAACAACGCCAGCGGUAACUUGGCUGUCGCGCAGAAGGCCGUCAAACAGCUGCGGCUAGAGGCGAGCGUACGUCGGAUCAAGGUGUCGCAGGCUGCCACUGACCUGAAGAACUUCUGUCUGCAGAACGCCAACAAAGACCCUCUAUUGAUGGGGGUGCCCUCCAGCGACAACCCUUUCAGACCUCCCAAAUCCUGCACACUGUUCUGAGCUGUCAGAGAGGACGAGGACGAGGAUGAUGAAGAGUUCUGUGCAGAUGUGAAAGACCAGUUCCCCCCCCCCUC